CUCCAGUUUUCAGACUGGUUUGGAUGUGUCUGUGAUUGGAUACCUUCUUCACACUGGGGAUUAGACUGGUAAACCGAAGGCAUUAUGAAAGCUUCUGUUGGAGUGUGUGUGGUGUUCGUUCUGGCUCUGGUGGGGCUUGGCUCUGCCAUUAAAUGUUACAGUUGUAAGGACUACACGGGCACAUGCUCUAAAAUUCGAAACUGCUACUAUGAUGAUGCCUGUGUGUCCGUCUACGAGAGAGGUGGUGACACAUACAGGCAGUGUAUAAAGUACUCCGAUUGUAACUACGACGCAAUCGGUGAGAAAUUUCCCAAAAUGUCCAGCUUCAAGUUCUCCUGCUGUACCACUGACCUGUGUAACACAGCACCUGUGUCCGUGUCCAGCCGCUCUGUGCUGGGAAUACUGCUCUCACUAGCACUCUUCUGGUGGGGUGUUCUCUAAAACGCUUCUGCAUUGUUCCUCGUAAAGCUGGUAGUGGUAUCAUGCAGUGAGAAUGCAGAGAUCUUCUAUAUCUUGAGUUAAGUGGUCAAAGAAGCAUUCACAGCUUAAAUCUCAACUGUACGUUAAAACUGUGUGUGCUCACUGCUAAAGCUUGUAAGCUAAAGCUUGUAUUUUUUUUUAGUUUUGCACUUAAUAGUGAAAGGGAAACCAUCUGAUUAUAAUUUAUUGUAUUCAGUGCUGCUUUAUGUAUGUGUACUCUUUCACGGCUAAACCUGUUACCCAGAAAAGUGGUACGAGUGAGUGGGUUACGAGGGAUGCUGACAUUUUCAAAGGGUUAAUGUAUCAUACCAUCGUCAUUUUCAUAAAAACCCUUUACACCUGCUUUUCCUCUGCCUUGUUUACAAAUGUCUCUUUUAAAACUUAAAAUCUCUUGAAAAACAUUGCGUGCAAUAUGUAGACAUGUAGUCUUUUCAGUGUGCUGAUUAGCUUUUUGUUACCACUAUAGCCAGCGAAACUUACUGAACCUUUAUGUGACCAAUAAAAGGAACAUGCAGUUUUAUGCAAAUUGAGAGUUUGAGAAUUCUGUUUAAUAUUUACAAUGAUUCCUUAUAGCUGUUUAUUGGCAAC